AUGAUUCAGCCGCAUCAUUUGAUGGAAAAGGAGAAACAAGUCGAGAAGAAUGAAGCCCAGGCCAACGGAAAAGGCAUUGUUUUGAAGCCUUUGAAGUCCAAGUGGAAACCAAAUAUUGGUCCUAACAAGGAUACUAAUGUUUCAAAUUCGGGCUUAACUGAUCAAAAAAAGGAAUCAACUCCUGUUGAUCCAUUUCAUAAGAACAUAGGUGGAAAGGAACUUGAACCAGAUAUGCAACAAGUAGUAGAAAUGCAAGAAGCAAUCAAAACAGGGACUCACGUCUCAUCUCCACACCAAACGAAUGAUUCAGCUUUGUUGGGAAACUUUGAUGGUAAUGCUAAUGUUGUUGAUGUCUCAUCUCCAAAGGAUCACUCAAAUACAAAUUGA